AUGGCAGAUCAGGAGCAUGAAUUGGAGCGAGUGAGCUCAGAGCUCGAAGACCUGCGUGGAAACAUGGGGCAGGUCAUGGAGAUAUUACAGGUUAUCAGGGCAAAGCUUGACACCCAAACAACGGUUGUUUCUGAAAUCGCCGGUCCAACGAUUGAACCCCAACCUGCGAGGGCGGUACCAACAACCUGGCCAACCUAUGGUCUACCUCCUGGUUUCACGCCUACAGUUGAAGGUGCACCUGGUUUUGCACCACCUGCUCAGCAGACAGCUCCUCUACCGACCAUCAAUGAAAACCAUCCAGUGGUUCACACGUUCGCACCUCCUCUCGUCCGGGCGCAUGUGCAACCUUACUUUGAAGAUCAGCAACAUGCUCCAGACUUUUCAGAUGAAGAUGAGGAAAGGCAGGAAGACCUAAGAGGGAUGAAGGAGAAUUACCAGAUGCUGGAGAAGAGAUUGAGAGCUAUGGAGGGCGACCAAGUUUUUGGUGCUACAGCUAAGGAGAUGUGCUUGGUGUCGGGUCUUGUGAUUCCUGCGAAGUUCAAGACCCCAGAUUUUGAUAAGUAUGAGGGCCACUCGUGUCCUAAGAGUCACCUUAUUAUGUACUAUCGAAAAAUGGCUGCACAUGUGGAGGAUGACAAGCUUAUGAUACAUUGCUUCCAGGACAGCUUGAGGGGAUUGGUGAGGGCUAGAUUGAUUGAUACUUGUCACGAUAGCUGUGAGGAAUGUGCCAUUCAGCCGAAGGGAUGUAAAGUAGUACAAAAUGACAUUCAGAAUUUGAUGAAUCAAGGUGUUUUACAAAUCUCUGGUCCAACAACGAAUGAGGAAGUUUCGGUCAUUGAACCUGUCUUUAACAUACCAGAAACAUUUGAGGUGACUUAUCACAGGAGGGACGUUGUUCACCCAUCACCUGUAGUAGUUUGCAUGCCCACACCAUUUCCUUUUGAAAGUACCAAGGCAGUACCCUGGAGGUACGACAUAACAGUGGUAGAUGGAGUAGUGGAUGGAAAACCCGAGGCCACUGAAAGUAAGAAAGGUGUGGAGAAUGUUGACGCCGACAUCACCAACAUCGCGGGAACAAGCAGGAUGACCCGCAGUGGCCGAAUUUAUACUCCCAAUUUUGAUGUGAACCCUCAAGAGCCAAUAAGGGGAGCUACAAAUGUAAAUCCUACCCCAGAACAGGGAGGGGCACAGCCGGCUGUGCAAACAGAUGAAGCAAAAACCUCCUUUCAAGCCCUUGAAAUAUCCAAUGCUACACUUGAAGAGGUUAAGGAUCCUGUUGAGAAAGCUAGUUUGUCAUUCGCUUCUUUGAAGAGUGCAAAAUCAGCAGUUGAAAGUGGAGGCCCUGCAGGUUGGGGGCAAGUUAUCAACGUCAACGAGAAGAAUGACCGUUUUGGUUUGGGGUACAAGCCUUCUGCUAAUGGAGGAGCCUUGGUCCCUGCGAAGGACCGUGUGCGGAGCAUACAAGAAGUUUUCCUGAGCAAAGGAUUUAUCCAUGGAGAACAAGUUGGUGCAGUGGAAGAUGACACUAAAGAUGGAGAAACAUCAAAUCUGAUAUACCGGUGUGAAGCAGCCUUGACCAACUGGGAAGCGGUUGAGAUUCCAGAAUUGCUACAUGAAUAUGUAGAUGUAUUUGCUUGGUCAUAUCAGGAUAUGCCAGGUUUAGAUACUGACAUUGUUGUCCACAAGCUACCACUACAGCCAGAUUGUCCGCCAGUAAAGCAGAAGCUCCGAAGAGCAAGACCCGACAUGGCUCUAAAGAUUUGUGACGAGGUGAAACGUCAAUUUGAUGCCGGUUUUCUAGCAGUUGCAAAGUACCCUCAAUGGGUAGCUAACAUAGUACCUGUACCCAAAAAGGAUGGCAAGGUCAGGAUGUGUGUUGAUUAUAGGGAUCUAAACAAAGCUAGUCCAAAGGACGAUUUCCCCCUGCCACAUAUUGACACUCUGGUAGACAACACUGCUAAGUUCGCAGUCUUCUCCUUUACGGACGGAUUCUCGGGUUACAAUCAAAUUAAGAUGGAUCCAGAGGACAUGGAAAAGACCACAUUCAUCACCCCUUGGGGAACAUUUUGCUACAAGGUAAUGCCAUUCGGUCUCAAAAAUGCUGGGGCAACUUACCAAAGAGCAAUGGUCACUCUUUUCCAUGAUAUGAUGCAUAAGGAAAUUGAGGUCUAUGUGGAUGAUAUGAUUGCAAAAUCUCAAAGUGAAGAGGAUCAUAUAGACCACUUGCAGAAGCUGUUUGAGCGUCUUCGGAAAUUUCGACUACGACUAAAUCCUGCUAAAUGCACCUUCGGUGUCCGAUCCGGAAAGUUGCUUGGUUUCAUUGUUAGCCAACGAGGAAUUGAGGUAGAUCCUGACAAAGUCCGAGCUAUACAAGAGAUGCCUGCUCCACGCACCGAGCGAGAGGUUAGAGGCUUCCUGGGGCGUUUGAAUUAUAUCUCAAGGUUUAUCUCACAUAUGACGGCCACAUGUGAGCCUAUAUUCAAAUUGCUUCGAAAAGAUCAAGCAGUUGAAUGGAAUUCUGACUGCCAAAUGGCUUUUGAGAGAAUCGGACAGUACCUGCAAGAGCCCCCUAUUCUAAUUCCACCUGUUCAGGGGAGACCACUCUUUAUGUACUUAACUGUGCUUGAAAAGUCAAUGGGAUGUGUGUUGGGACAACAUGACGAAACCGGUCGAAAAGAACAUGCUAUCUACUAUCUAAGUAAGAGAUUUACCGAUUGUGAAUCCCGAUACUCACUCUUGGAGAAAACUUGUUGUGCUUUAGCAUGGGCCGCUCGUCGUCUAAGACAAUACAUGAUUUGCCACACUACUUUGUUGAUCUCAAAAAUGGAUCCAAUAAAGUACAUCUUUGAAAAGCCUGCUUUGACUGGAAGACUCGCCCGUUGGCAGAUGUUACUAUCUGAGUACGACAUCCAAUAUGUGUCUCAGAAAGCCAUAAAAGGGAGUGUGUUGUCUGAUUACCUGGCAAACCAGCCUGUUGAAGAUUACCAGUCGUUGAAGUUUGACUUCCCGGAUGAAGACAUCAUGGUAGUGAAAGACUGUGAAAUCCCAGGACCUGAUGAAGGACCUGAACCCGGAUCUCGGUGGAAGCUAAUGUUUGAUGCAAGGUUGUGUUUUGAUUGCACGAACAAUAUAGCAGAAUAUGAGGCGUGCAUCCUAGGCAUUGAAGCAGCCAUUGAUCUCCGAAUCAAAAUCCUUGAAGUAUGUGGAGAUUCAGCCUUGGUGAUAUACCAAGUUAAGGGCGAAUGGGAAACUCGUGAUACCAAGUUGAUCCCAUAUCGUGCCUAUGUCAUGGAAUUAAUAAAAUACUUUGACGAAAUCACUUUCCGGCAUAUCCCGAGAACUGAGAAUCAAAUUGCUGAUGCUUUGGCUAUGUUGGCUUCAAUGUACCAAGUCAGAUUCCAUAAUGAAGCACCUCUCAUUCAAAUCGAGCGGAAAAUUGAGCCUGCCUACUGCCAGUCAGUUGAAGAGGAAGUUGAUGGUAAGCCAUGGUUUCAUGACAUCAAGUGCUUUUUGCAAAGUCAAGAAUAUCCAACAGAUGCAACGACCCUUGACAAGAAAACAUUGAGGAAGUUAGCAUCCAAAUUCUUCUUGAGCAAUGGUGUGUUGUACAAGAGAAAUCACGACAUGAUUCUGCUCAGAUGCGUGGAUGGACGUGAAGCGGACAUGUUGAUCAAGGAGAUUCAUGAAGGAUCCUUUGGAACUCAUGCCAAUGGGCAUGCCAUGGCCAAGAAGAUUUUGAGAGUUGGUUCUUGGCCUUUCUCAAUGUGGGGCAUCGACAUGAUUGGCGCCAUUGAGCCUAAAGCUUCCAAUGGUCACCGCUUCAUCCUGGUUGCCAUUGAUUACUUUACCAAAUGGGUGGAAGCCGCCUCUUAUGCUAAUGUGACAAAACAAGUGGUUGCACGGUUUCUCAAGAAAGAGAUCAUUUGCCGUUAUGGAAUUCCAAGCCGGAUCAUUACAGAUAAUGGGACGAAUCUGAACAAUAAGACCAUGAAGGAAUUAUGCGAGAGCUUCAAGAUUGAGCACCAUAACUCUUCACCAUAUCGUCCAAAGAUGAAUGGCGCUGUUGAAGCCGCUAAUAAAAACAUCAAGAAGAUUUUGGUAUAUGGGAUGGAAGCAGUUCUCCCAAUUGAAGUAGAGAUACCUUCAAUGAGAAUCCUGAUGGAGACCAAGCUAGAAGAGGCUAAGUGGAUUCAAAAUAGAUUUGAUCAGUUGAACCUCAUAGAUGAGAAGCGAUUGACUUCUUUGUGCCAUGGACAAUUAUACCAGAAACGGCUUAAAAGGGCUUUUGACAAGAAAGUACGUGUUCGGGAAUUCAGAGAAGGAGACCUCGUGCUUAAGAAGAUCUUGCCAAUACACAAGGAUUCACGUGGGAAGUGGACUCCCAAUUAUGAAGGCCCAUAUGUUGUAAAGAAAGUUUUCUCCGGAGGAGCCUUGAUUCUCACAACUAUGGAUGAUGAAGAGCUCUCACACCCCGUGAACUCUGAUGCAGUUAAAAAA